AUAUGAAUUUCGGUGCAAGUCCAUCGUCAGGGCUAAGAACGGGUAACACUUCGGAUCCAAGCCCGAACUUGUCUGGUUUCAAUUUCCCCGGAUUUCCCUAGACGAUCUAUAACUUAGCUUCCUAGAAUAUUUGUGACCGCUUUACCAUAGUACUCCUCUAACUAUAUAUUAUACUAUCCAUUCUUAUCUAUCGCUCUUAUAUACGAGAGGCAGAGACCUGAACAUUUUCUACCUCUUCAGAUAUCAGAUAUACUACUAUUUGAAGCUAGGCUGCCUAUUUGCUUAUAAUACCGUGCUGCGUGUGCUUCAUAGGUCGAAAUCGCAGCCCAAAAAGGGGGAGGGGAGAACUAACAAGCUUCAAGCCUUGGAAGCUAUCCUACCUACGAGUCUCCCUACCCACCAACGACGACAACCGACCUACCAAGCAGCCACAACAUGCCGCUCCCAUCCCUAUCGACCCUCGGCAUCCUUGCCGUCAUCCUUCCGCUACUAUACAUAUACACGGCAUCAGUAUCGCAGACACGCCUACCGAUGCUGCGCGGCAAGCGCAUCUGCCUGCUGAUCGCUCACCCGGACGACGAAGCCAUGUUUUUCGCCCCCACCGUCCUAGCCCUCACCCGCCCCGAACACGGCAACCACCUCAAGAUCCUAUGCCUAAGCUCCGGCAACGCCGACGGCCUCGGCGAGACACGCAAGAAGGAACUCGUCAAGAGCGGCAUGUUGCUAGGUCUCGCCCGCGAGGACGAUGUCCUAGUCUACGAUAGCCCUGACUUCCCCGACUCCAUGACCACAACCUGGGAAUCCUCCAAAAUCUCCGCCCUCCUAAGCAGCGCCUUCGCGCCCCGCCUAGCCACGCAAAAGUCCUCCCCCGAGAACCUAACCGCCCCAAGCGCUACCAUCGACGCCAUCGUAACAUUCGAUUCCCGCGGCGUAUCCUCGCACCCGAACCACAUAUCCCUAUACCACGGCGCGCGCGCCUUCAUCUCCUCGCUAACCCGGAGCAAGCCCGGCUGGGCAUCGCCCGUAGACCUAUACACGUUAACUAGCGUGGGCUUUCUGCGCAAGUACACCGGGUUCCUAGAUAUUUUCGCGACUGUCAUGUCGCUCGCGUUUGCCGGGCCUGGCGGUGUUAAUAAGAAGAGCGACAAGGGUAACCCGGGUGCUCUGGUUAGCGUGAGCGCGCUGGCCGGUGGUCGGGAGAGCUACGGGACGGCGCGCCGGGCUAUGACGGAGGCGCAUAAGAGCCAGAUGGUCUGGUUCCGGUGGGGUUGGAUCGCGCUGAGCCGGUACAUGUACAUAAAUGACCUGAGAUUAGAGAAGGUCAAAUCGUAACCAUCCUCGAUAUUGUCUCUAUAUUGUUACGAAUAAUUAUCAUAUGUGAAAAUAACAAGCAUCGAUCUCAC